AUGAAUCCAAGUGACUCUCAGAUUGCUUUUCGUUUACGAAAGUUAAGGACAAUAUUCACUCGCUUCGAUAUGGAUAAAGAUGGAUACAUGUCGAAGGAAGAUUUCGAACUUAUGGCGAAGAAACUGAAUGAAUUGAGCAACGCCACCGGUGAACAAGCUGAAUCACGUCGUAAAGCAUUUAUGCACUGCGCUGAUAUUUUCGGGUUUACACCAGGAGUGAAAACUCUCAGAGAAGAAGCAGUAAAGAAUAUGAAUGAAGUCAUGUUAAAAUUAUCUUUGGAAGAACAACGAGCAAUGUCCGAUAAUAUUCUCAACCCCAUCUUUGAUGCGAUGGAUUUAGACCAAAAUGGCAACAUUUCCUUGGACGAAUACAAAACCUACACUCAGGUGCUUGCUCUUGAUCUUUCGGAUGAAGACAAAGUCAAAUCAUUCAAUUUGAUUGAUGCCAAUCAAGAUGGUCAGAUAAGUCGCGAAGAAUUCCUCAAAGCAGCGUUUGAAUAUUUGUGUAAAUUCGAAGAGAACGAAUUCUCCAAAGUAUUUUAUGGACCAUUAGUACCUUAA